AUUGACUGUUAUUUCAGUAAAAGCUGUCUCAGGCAUGAUCACUUUUUCUGUGACGGAUAAAAUGCAGCUAACUUAUCCCAUCUUCUAUAUCAUGUUUAUCAUCAUGGUAGCAUCUUGUGUUUUCCAAGUCAAGUUCCUGAAUCAAGCCACGAAACUCUACAACACAACGACGGUGGUGCCUGUUAAUCAUAUUUUCUUUACAACCAGUGCCAUUACUGCGGGUAUCAUAUUUUAUCAGGAAUUUCUUGGUGCUGCUUUUCUCACUGUAUUUAUAUAUCUUUUUGGGUGUUUUCUGUCAUUCCUUGGCGUGUUUUUGGUCACAAGAAAUCGAGAAAAGGAACAUCUGCAGCAGUCUUAUAUUGAUCUUGGAAAUAUUCCUGGGAAGCAAAUGUUGGACAAAAUACAACCAGAUUCAAAUAGCUUAUCCUAUGGAACUCUGCCUGAUGGAAGUGACUCAACAAAGAGCCAAAGUGGAGAGAAGAAAGAGGUCUGAAUGCCGAGAGGGAUGGCUGUUGGCCUGUUAUUCGAUACCACCUUUUUAAAAAAUUGCACAUGUUCAAUUUGUGUCAGCAGCUAUUUGAUGCUGACAUGUGCUAGUGUUCGCCUCGGUCCCUUCCCCCACCUCAGUGUCCAUGGACAGUGAGGGCCUUCCUAAGCUUUGACAGUCUAAUGUCUUCAUGGAACGUAAUUUAAAGUGUCCCCCACAUGCCAGCCCUCUCCCCCGUGAUCAUCUAACCAGCUCAAUCUUCAUCUGAGCCUGGCUGCUCAAGCAGGAAUGUUGCACAGAAAUGUACAUUUGCAGUUUGGCCACAGAACACAUGGGUUGCUUCUCCCACAUGGCUUACAGUGUCAGUUGCUUCACUUUAAAAAGACACGUUAGCCCCCACAGCCCUGCUCCUCAAAGAAAGGCUUAAGCGCAUUCAUUCUUUUCUAGGACACUUUUUAUCAGGCUCCCCAUAAAAAGCUCACCUUUCUAGUCCUGAAUUAGAACAGCCAGUCAUCUUUUCUGAAAACUCAUGCUAUCAAAAUCCUCCUCUGAAAAUUAAGGGUCUCUUUUAAAUUAGAAUUUAUACAUGGCAUUCUGUGACAGUGUAUAUCAAAGCUAAAGGACAUUGGCCAGUAGACUUCUUAAGCAUAAGAAAAAGAAAAUAUAAGAAUUAGGACUGUGCUUGCUGCUGCAGCACUUAUACUAAAAUUGGAACAAUACAAAGAUUAGCAUGGCCCCUGCACAAGGAUGACAGGUAAAUUCAUGAAGCAUUAGGAAAGAAAAAAAGAAGAAUCAGGGCCAAUGUUUAUUCUUCAAUAAAAAUGUAAAUUGGUGUCAUUUUCUUCAGCUGCAUGAUUCUAUUAUACUUGAAACUGAAGGAAAAUGUCAUCCCUUGUGUCUUUAUGUGUUAUUUGUUAUAGAUCUCAUCAAAUGGGUUUAUAUGUUCUAAUGCUCAAAACGAGUCUCAAAAAAAAAAUCACCCUUAAGUUCUUAGUGAUAUUUUCACUACACACCUUCUUCCCCAAGUCAUUAUCUCAAGCUCUGUAAAUUCUUCUAGGUAAAAGGAGAGUUAUGGUUAGAGAACUAGAUUUAGCCACUUAAAUCUGUAGACAUAGAACACAGCCAGGUGGUCAGAUCUGAGCCUCGAGAGAAAGCCUGAGUGCUUCUAUGGCCUGAAUGACUUUUCUGCUGCAAUUCAUCACAUAUCUACUAAGACAUAUUUGUAAGUAGAAUCCACAAUAAUGUCUGUUAUUUAUGAUCUACAUAUUUAAAUGAGAAGAAAAGACGUAGUCUUCAUUGUCACCAACAUCAAAUAUCCUUAAUGACAUUUUGAAAUCGCCAGAUCCCUUCUGACAUGUCUGUCCAAUAUUGUUCCAGCCAACUGUCUUGCAUGUAUGUAGGCUGUUUAACUCGGAGCUAUGGAAACUGUAAUCUUAAUGGCUUCAGGUCUUAUUGUUGUUCUUUGUCAUAACCUACACUCCUGACCGGACUGGCCAAGCCUGGCCGCAAAGGAGAGAGACUUGAAUUCAUCACCAAUGUAUGAAAAAUAACCCAGAGCCCAUGCCUGGCUCCCAAACUCCUGGUAUCAAUUCUUCCCAUUGUGGAAAGUGUCCCAUUCAUUCAGAUAACACAGUCAUAAUUUAUGGCACAUUGUACUGAAUUGGUCCAGCAUGUUGGCACUGGGAGGCUCAGCUGAGAAAUGUGUUUGGUGCCUUAAACUACAGAUUUCUGGUGACUUUUAAAACUAGUUUCAAAGAUUGGGAAAACAAUUAGACUGAAGAAUUUUACCUCAAGUAGGAUUACAUUCACAGCUAUAGUGUGUGGCUUUGAGCAUUGUAGAUUUUUGUAUAGACACAAGCAUAAUGCCAGUACUUUAAUAGCCACCAACAUUUAUAUUAAAAGUUUUGAAAAAUGACACUGGUUUAUACACAUUUAAGCAAUCCGGCAAUGCGUUAGAAGUCCAGGGCAGGCAUAGUGGCUCAUGCCUGUAAUCCUAGCACUUUGG